AUUUUACUUUUCCAGUGAUAUUCACAGCUUAAUUAUUAUGAACAAAAAAGGUCUAGCCAUUUUAUUGCGUUCUAAAAUGAGACCGCUUUCCCCUGCUUCUAAAGUUAGCCAACUGCAAGCUGCCCCGUUGGAAGGUAGCAAAAUAGCUACUCAAAAUGCCUCCAGCAAUAUCCAGAGAGAUUUUGGGCAAGUACGAGAGUCGAUGCAUUCAAUCAUAUCAAUGAACAAAAAAGAGAUACUGGAUACUGCACUAACUGAUUUUUCAGAGGGUUAUUUUAGUCUUUCUCACGAAAACCGUCAUAAGUUACUGCUUGUUCUAGCACGAGAGUAUGAUCUCAACAGGACUCAAGUUCGUGAGUUGAUGAAGCAGUAUGUUGGUUUUGAGAUCCCUAAAGGUGAUGGACCUGAUGAGUACGGUGAAAUGGAUGCACAACUUUCUGCUUUUUAUAGAAUCGAAAGAAAUUUGAGACAUGCACUUAAUCCAAUGUAUGCGGUUCUAUUCGAAAGGCUUAACACACAUCCUGGAGGUUUGAAGUUUUUGGCUAGCAUUCGAGCUGAUAUUCUAUCUAUUAUCGCGGAUGAAAAUAUUGCAUCCUUACGAGCUCUUGAUGCCUAUUUGAAAGAAAAGCUUAUCACGUGGCUAAGUCCAGCAAACCUGGAGCUUCACCAAAUUACCUGGGACGAUCCUGCUUCUUUGCUAGAGAAGAUUGUCGCUUAUGAGGCUGUACAUCCUAUCAGUAAUCUUAUAGAUCUGAAGAGGAGGUUGGGAAUAGGUCGCCGCUGUUUUGGAUACAUACAUCCAGCUAUACCUGGCGAACCACUUAUAUUUAUUGAAGUUGCACUUAUGAAAAAUAUAGCAUGUAGUAUACAGGAAGUCUUGUGGCAUGAUCCUCCAGCUCCCGAGUGUGAAGCAACUACUGCUUUAUUUUACUCUAUCUCAUCAACUCAGCCUGGAUUAGCAGGAAUCAACUUAGGAAAGUUUCUCAUCAAACGAGUUAUAUAUCUGGUGAAAAAAGACAUGCCGAAUAUAUCUAAUUUUGCAACCCUAAGCCCAAUCCCAGGCUUCAUGCAGUGGCUCCUUUCUAAGUUGGCAUCAUCUGAGAGUUCCGGUCCCAUUUUCUGUGAGAACAUCCUCAAACCUGAGGAAGAAAAAGCACUGGUGGAUGCAUAUGCGCACUCCACUGCAGGGAAAAAUGGCAUGGAGAUCUUGUUGCACUUGUUGGCCUCAACCAACCAUGAGUGGACUCAAUCUGAUAAGCUGAUAUCUGAAUUAGAACCGAUUCUCCUAAGACUAUGUGCCAGGUAUCUUUUACGUGAGAAGAAGAGAGGGAAAGCUCUGGACUCUGUUGCCAAUUUCCACUUGCAAAAUGGAGCUAUGAUUGGAAGACUAAAUUGGAUGGCCGACCGGUCAGAUAAGGGUCUUAGUCAAAGUGGAGGAAUCAUGGUGAAUUACAUUUAUAGCCUGGAACAUAUUGAAGAUUAUGCUCAGGCAUAUUUCAGCACAGGCCAUAUCCAAGCUUCCCCUGAUGUCCAUCACUAUACCGAGCCACUGGAGAAAAGUGAAGAUUCAAUAAAUUAGGCAGUAAUCAUGGAUGAUGAGAAACAUGUCUGUCUGAUCGUCCCGGUAUGUAAUAUGAAAUUGACUUGUGUAAAUACUUCGUAAGAUGUUUAUAUUCAUUCAACUACAUUGUACUAUAUAGCAGCAUAUGCAAUUUUUUUCUGA